AUGUAUAGACCGACCUCCAGAAAUGAAUGGUGGUUGUGUGGCGUGUUGUUCAUGCAGGCUAUCUUGGUCAUUGCCCUUGAGAUCUAUAUACUUGUGGAAUGGCAGUUAUGGGUUACUCCUACCAUAACUCAGGUGCCACUAUCCUACAUGAUCCCGGUCAAUCUAGGCAUUCUAAUAUUCGCCUCUGUCUACGAGUUCAUCCUUGCCCUGGAUGCGAUCCAUCACAAGAAUAAUGUUCUUCUCUUUUCAAUCUGCAUCUGCAAUGUUUGCAGCUUUGUGUACUCUAUCAUGCAGUACACACUGAUGAAAGAAAAUACCGCGAGACUAUAUGCUUACCGUUAUGCAUUCCCGGCUCUGGUAGAUACCACUCGCAACGUCUGGCCCCAGAUCCGGCCAGCGGAGAUCCUAGUGUCAGUUAUUACAGGAUUGUGCAGUCUGCUUCUGUGCUUGUUUGUAUACUUCUUGCAUAGGGAGUAUUCAUGGGUUAUCUACAAGUCGGUUCAUGGCAGCUCGAAAACACGAAUGCGUUAUCUGUUCUACGAGAUCUUCCUCGUUCUGAUAAAACUUCUCUUUUACUUCUUGUUAGGUUUCAUCAUUCAAUACAACCUGGUGUAUAUCCACUUUAGGGAGCCGGAGUAUACCCUUACAAUGCUCCUCAUUCCGGUCGCAUUUAUCGUUAUGCUACUUGGUAUCUGGGUUGUCCAACACGAACGAACCAUUGGCGUGGUUGCUAUCAUCAUAUGCUACCUCGGUCUACUCGCAUAUCUCAUCAGCCGCAUCAUAAUUCUCUUUGGGGCUAUAACCGCUGGAAAGGACAUGAUGUUGUUCUUUGCAUUCAUGUCUGUGGUGCUGACUUCUGGAACAAUUUUAUGCACCAUUAUCUGCAUCAAAAACUUCGACCGAGGCUUCAUAGUCAUCAAUCACUCGAAGAAUGGCCAUGCACAAGAGUCAUAUUCCGUACCCACCGGAUAUUCCCUAGCAGAGCCGCCUCGUUCAUUUUCCCGUCCUUCCUCGCGGCUCACGCUUGAUUAA